AUGACAACCACCAAACUCACCUGGCUCAUAACCGGCUGCUCCUCCGGCUUCGGCUUCUCGCUGGCCCGCGCCGCCCAAGCUGGCGGACAUCGAAUCAUCACCGAGCUCGAACGCCGCGGGGACCCCAUCGACGUUCUGGUCAACAACGCCGGCUACUGCGUCUACGCCCCCAUCGAGACCUUCGCCGAGGAGGAGGUGCGAGCACAGAUGGAAGCGAUCUACUUCGGCCCCUUGCGUCUCAUCCGGGCCGUGCUGCCCCAUAUGCGCCAGCGCAAGUCGGGCGUGAUCGUCAACAUGAGCAGCGGGGCCUCGCUGGACGGCACCCCCUCCCAUGGGAGUGUACGCGGGCGCAAAGGCGGGAUUGGAUGGUAUGUCCUGGCUGAGGUCGCUCCGUUCAAUAUCCGCACUUUGACGGUGUUCUUCCUGCUGGGGGACUAUAAUGGAACGGUGGUGGAACAGGUCCAGAGACUACUGAUCGAUGGAAAGCCCAAACCCAACGGUGACAAGGACAAGGCGAUGCAGGCUUUGUAUGAGGUUGUUGUCGGCGAGGGAGUUGGGAAAGGCCAUCAAAAUGAGAAGCUUCUGCCUCUAGGUAGUGAUAUGACUCCUCGGGUCACAGGUGUCCAAGACUAUCUUGGUCAUGCUUUGGAGGUGUUUGGCUCGGUGAUCAACAGUGUUGGCGCUGAUGGAGAGUAG